UUUUUAUUUAGAUAUAGUUUUCUUUCUUUUUUAAAUUAUACUUAAAUUUCUAGGGUACAUGUGCACAACAUGCAGGUUUGUUACAUACGUAUACAUGUGCCAUGUUGGUGUGCUGCACCCAUUAACUCGUCAUAGAUAUUGUUUUCACUAUUUACCCCAAAUAAAUUUCAAAGGACAUGCAGCUCUCUCAUAUCUAACUCCACUCCAAGAGUAGGUAAAAUCACCAUACCAAUGAUGCUGCUAAUAAUAAUAAUAAAAAAACCAGUGCAUUCUAUGCUUACAUUGGUCCUUCAUCAUAAAUUUCCUUAUGGAUUUGUAUUUCUCAGAAUCUGUUUUAUGCAAUCUUUCCAUUCUUUCUGUAUGGCCACAGAAUUAAUUGGUCUUUUCUGAACACUGUUAAGAUAACACCAUCUUCAUUGUACCCCAGAUUAACUAGUAGAUGAUGCGUGUUUUCUUCAAACUACCUUAGCUUUUCUUUUGAAUCUAAAACACUUUUGACCCCCCGAAGAAUCUGCCUACCCUUCACUUCACUGCUUCCCUACUUUCCUAAAAUCCUUAAAAUUGUCUCAUGUCCCUCAUUACUUAUGAUCAUAACACUGUACUCCUUUGAUUCAUAGGAAGAAUAUACCAACCAUAGAAACAUUUGCAUAGUGUUUGUGAUUUUCAAAGUACCAAUUUAAUCUUUCCAAUAUGCUUGUGUGAUGGGUUGUACAACAUGAUUAUUUCUGUUUUAUAGAUGAGGAAACUAAGGUUCAGAGAAGUUAAAUGAAUUGCUGAAGGGGCAGAGAUGUACAUUUAUUAUAAGACCUCAAUCUUCUGAGUACUUAAUUCAAUACUCUUACCGUAUCAAUUUCCAAAGUGCAGUUUUGAUAAGGAAGGAAAAGCAGUGAAUAGAAAAUAUUGAUCAAACAUGGUGAAUUUUAUAUAUUCAUAUUAAUCCAUUAUAUAUGUUAUAUGUAGUCAAUUGUAUAUUAUAUGAAGUCAGUACAUGUACCUCUUGGUAUCCAUGGGGGAUUGGUUCCAAGACACUUCUGAGCACACCAAAAUCCACUGACGCCCAGACUCCUUAUAAAAAAUGGUGUACUAUUUGCAUAUAACUUACUCAUAGCCACUGGUAUAACUUAAAUCAUCUCUAGUACUUACAAUGCUCGAUAUAAUGUUAUGUAACUGAUAAAUAUUGUUAUACUCUACUGUUUUUUAAAUUUGUAUUAUUCUUAAAAAAAAAAAAGUUCACUAGAAGGCAACUUUGGAGACAAUUUGAUGCCCAACAUUUACAUAACAUAAAUAUUUUCAUUUCUAUCUGUAAUAGAUAUUUGUUUGCCAUUCCAAGUGUUUUCUAUGACAUUGCAUUUUUCUAAAGGCGUUUGUUUCAUAUGUGAUAGAGAUUAUAUUUUUCUUAAUUAGGUCAGAAAUGACUUUAUAAAAAUCUUUGUCUUAUUACUUUUAACUACUCCUAUUUCAGUGUCUACUUCUAUCUCAACAAUUCCAUGAAACCACUCAUUAGAAAAUGUAAAUAGUUAAGUAGUAAAUUUUAUUUUUGCUUAACUGGUGUUAACUACAUUGUAAACCUCCCAGCAAGCAUUCAAGUAGCUUUAGUCCUUCUAAAUUUUUUAUACUUACUGCUCCAAAUGCUAUUUUCAAUGUUUCAUGACCACAAUGUCAGAUUAUUUGGACAAAAACCUUCAAACGCAGGACUUUUCCUUAGGCAGAAUGUAUUUCUUGAUUGUCAUCUUAAGGCUUGGGUUUGGUUUGCUUCAUUUUGAAGCAUGGGUUAUGGUAAAGAGAGAAUGCCAUUUGAAUGAUGUCUAUGUCUAUGUCGCCAUUAGUUACUCUGGGCACAGAAUUAACAAGAAACACCCUUAUAAGUAAAGCAGUUAGGGAAGUAUUUUCCUACUUCCAGAGAAAAAUCAGAGCUUGAAAAAUAAUUCUUUGAAUGCCAGUGACCUGGGCUAUAGAGAAAGAAUGUGCCCUGCCAUAGCCACCCUGGUGUUGACCACUGAGGAGCACCACCUGUUCCUGGGCAUUCAUGUGUUGUGCAAAUAUCAUGCAAAUAUUAGUUGAACUAAAUUUAAGUUGUGCCCACUCUAGGGCAGUAUCAGCUAAGAUAAACACCUGACUUAGAGGUGAUUCACCGACCUUGGGAUUAUAUGGAAAAGAGAGUGCAUUAAAAAAAGUUUUUUUGGCCGGGUGCGGUGGUUCAUGCCUGUAAUCCCAGCACUUAGGGAGGCUGAGGCGGGCGGAUCACGAGGUCAGGAGAUUGAGACUAUCUUGGCUAUCAUGGUGAAACCCUGUCUCUACUAAAAAUACAAAAAAUAUAGCUGGGUGUGGUGGUGGGUGCCUGCAGUCCCAGCUACUCCAGAGUCUGAGACAGGAGAAUGGUGUGAACCCAGGAGGUGGAGCUUGCAGUGAGCCAAGAUCACACCACUGUACUCCAGCGUGGGCAACAGAGCAAGACUCUGUCUCAAAAAAGAAAAAAAUUUUUUGGGGUUAGCAAUCUUUGGAACUUCAUCAUCCAUUAUAAAGUCUUUGUGUACCUAUUAGACUUUGGAAUUUAUAUAGUUUUCUUGGGGUUUCAAAGAAUAAGAUAAUCAUUAAUGAAUGAUAAAAAUCCCAGCAAUCAUUUUACAUUAGGCAGCAGCAUGAUGACCUUCAUUUAAUAGCAGACAGAGAUUAAAGGACUAAUCCUGAAGUCUGUCUGUGCCAUCAUUCGUGGAGCUGGCAGCAGGACUUGGACUUCUGUGCCUGUUUUGGUGCCAAAUGAUUUGCCUGCAAGUGAAAUUUGUGGAACGAUUUAAGCUAAGCCCCCACUUGCAGUGCUUAUAUGGCUGGAUUUGGUGAAAUUAUCAGGGGAGAGGUAGCAAAGUGGCAUCUUCAGAGAUGCCUCAUCGCUCAAUACAACUGAAUAGACAAAGGGAGUUCACUGAGCUAUAUUGUCCCAACACACCAUUGGUGUCAUGCACUCUGUGUGUGUGUCAGACACUGCUGGUGUUUUACUUAUAUUGCAUCAUUUAACCCUAACUGUGAUAACUGGGGGGAAACCAGCUCAAGUUCCACAUACAACUGAGAUUUACAGGAUUUUUGAAUAAACAUAGAAAUUGACCCAUCUGGUAUUAAGACUUGAAACUUAACAUUUGUCAAUCAUCUGAAUUAAGAAACGGAUCUUCAGGCAAGAGACUGAAACUCACCACAUCACCAUCAGACAAUGAGAUACCAGACUCUUCAUUUAUCAUGAUUGCUUCCUUACCCCUCCUUAAUUGCUGUUUUCCUUGCAGGUAGUUACCUCCCUUCCCAGCUAUAUAAACCCUCCAAUUUGAGUCGGCUGGAGAGAUAAAUUUAAGACUGAUCUCCCACCUCCUUGGCUGCAGCACCCAAAUAAAGCCUUCUUCCCUGGCAUUGCUCAUUUGCUCAGUGGUUGGCUUUCUGUGCAGGGAGCAAUGGCACCUAGACCCAACCCCUGGCAUUUCAGUAACAUGGGGAAACCAAGGCAUGUUUUUAUCUCACAGAGCCAGGGUUUGAACCUCAGAUUCUGCACCUAGUGUCUUCUUGCCUGGCCACUGUGCCGUUGUCUAUUUUUCUGCUUACUUGCUCCUUGAAGGUGAUUCUGCAUGUUAGAAUCAACUUUUCCAGUGGAAAGUAUCCCUUUCCCCCUGUUCUUGUGGCAGUCUCAUGUAUAGCCUGCUCACUGUCAUCAGGCUGAAAUUCUUUAGCAGAGAGCAGUCACACCAUGUUCUUGCUCCUGGGCCCUUUGUGGCUUCUGAUGAAAUUCACACUGAAUUUUGGAAAAGGCAUCCAACCACAGCCAUGAUUGAAACAAAACUCACAUUCUAAUACCUCAUAAAACUUCUUGUGAAAUCAACGGCCCAGCAUUAGUGAAACAUCACUGGUAUUCAAAGAUUGCCUUCUCUACCUAAACAACAGCAAAAAAAAUCAACCCAAUUUAAAAAAUAGACAGAGGACCUGAAUAAACAUUUCUCCAAAGAAGAUGUACAAAUGGCCAGCAAGCAUAGAAAAUAUUGAUGAAUAUCACUGAUCAUUAAGUCAAUGAAAAUGUAAACCACAAUGAAAUUAUACCUUAUGCCAAUUUAAAUGGCUACUGUCAAACACAAAGCAAAGACUCCAGAAAAUAAUAAGUGUUAAUGAGACUGUGGAAAAAUUGGAACCCUUGUGCACUAUUCAUAAGAAUUAAAAUGGUGCAGCCACUGUGAAAAACAUUAUGGUGGUUCCUCAGAAAACUAAAACUAGAGGUACUGUAUGACUUGACCAUUCCACUCCUGGGUAUAAACCCGAAAUAAUUGAAAGAAGAGACCCAAACAGAUAUUGGUACCUCAAUAUUUAUAGCAGCAUUAUUUACAAUAGCCAAAAAGUGAAGGCAACCCAAGUGUCCAUGGACAGAUGAAUGGAUAAACAAAAUGUGGUCUAUCCAUACUAUGAAAUAUUAUUCAGCCUUCAAAAUGAAAAAAAUUCUCACAUAUGUUACAACAUGGAUGAACCUUGAGGACAUCAUGCUAAGUGAAAUAAGCCAGUCACAAAAAGAUACACAGUGUAUGACCUCAUUUAUAGAAGUCCCUAGAGCAGUCAAAAUCAUAGAGACACUGAAAUAGGGGUUACUUGGGGUGGGGAGGAGGAAGAAUGAGGGGUUAGUGUUUCAUCGAUAUGAAUUUUCCCUGUUACAAGAUGGAAAAUACUCUCUGAAGAUGGGUGAUGCUGAUAGUUGUACAAUGCAAAUGUAUUUCUGAACUCUGCACUUAAAAAUUUUUAAGAUGGAGUCAGUGGCAGUGACUCUUACCUGUAGUCCCAGAACUUUGAGGCUAAGGCAGGAGGAUCAUUUGAGUCCAGGAGUUGGAGACCAGCCUGGGCAACAUAGAAGAUCUCGUCACUCCCAAAAAUAUAAAAAUUAGCUGGGCAUGGUGGUAUAUGCUUGUGGCCCCAGCUACUCAGGAGGCUGAGGUAUGAGGAUUGCUUGAGCCCAGGAGGUGGAGGCUACAGUAAGCCAUGUUUGAGCUACUGCACUCCAGCCUGGGCAACAGAGCCAGACGCUGUCUCCAAAAUAAUAAUAAUAAUGUGGGAAAUUCUGAUGUGUAUUUUAUAAUACCACCAUUAAAAAAUUAAAACUGCUCACCCUUGCCUCACUCCUGUACCUCUGCUCAAUUUCACUCUUCCUGCUUCCAUAUUCUUGCUUUUAAAUUCUACCAACUUUUAAAGGUCUAGCCCAACGUGACCUCCUCCAUGAAAUAGUCCUUCUUGCAAACUGUGGAAUGGAACUACAACUUCUCUGAACAGCCAUCAGUUUACUUAGGUUUUGAUAGCCCUUGACUCACAAGCCCAUACUUAGUGCUGCUCCAGGCAUGUCACACCACACCCAUAGUGGCCCCCACAAGACUGUGAGUUUCCCAGGGAUAGAAGUCAUAUUUCCCUCCUCUCUUCAUCUGCCGACUGAUUUAUACAUACAGAAUAAGCAUUCGAGUUGAAUAAUUUGAUAGUGAUUUUUCUUUUUGUCGAAACUUUAGGGAAGAUACUGGAAUUGUCUCCUGUGCUUCUAAGGCUUUGCAUUCUUUCAUCAUUGGACUAUAUAUGGUUUCUCAUGUAGCAAUUUACAUUUUGCAGAGAGACUUCAACUGGCCUAAAACUCUUUGAAUGAAUCCAGAUAAGUUGCUUCCAAAAGAAAGAACCUCCUGACUCCCUAAUACUCCUUUCAUACCCUAAUCUUUAAACAAUGUUUCUAGAAAUAAUUCCAUUUUCCACAUAUGUAGUAGAAGAUCUAGUAUCAUCUAAAUAUAAAAUCACUAUUUUUCAAAUUUUAUUAGGUUUCUGCUUAAUGGAGAAUUAUCACUGUCAGAACAUCAGAUCUAAACAUAUGGUCAUUUAAAGGAAUAAAAGACAAACCUUUCAUUAUGAUCUUUAUGUUGUGGUAAGUUGUUUAUGUCUCUAUAGAAAAUUUUGGGAAAUAAACAAAGAGUUUGGGUUGGAUCAACUAUUUCAUAUCAGUCUUUGUUUGUAAGCCACGCUAUUGUUAAAGAGUCCGUCGGAACCGCACAUUUUGGUAAUCUUACCUGGCUCAUACUUGGUAGAUCUGGCUGUGAGCAGGGUUUAACGUUGGCUUACUAUAUGGAAUUAUUUUUAGGACACAUUCAAUGCACUCUACACUGAGGUAAAACAAAAAAACUAUGAGAAUUAGCUCCUGACUCUGGACAAUAUAAAUCUACAUUUGCUACAUCCAAAGUAAAUAAUUUGUUUAUUUAUUUAUUAUUACAUGAGGAGUUCAUUCUUAUUAUAAAAAGCAUGAAACCGGCAGGAGCCGUGGCUCACACCUGUAAUCCCUGCACUUUGGGAAGCCAAGGCGGGUGGAUAACUUGAGUCCAGGGGUUCAAAACCAGCCUCAACAACAUGGUAAAAGUCCAUCUCUACAAAAAUACAAAAAUUAAGCUUUCGUGGUGGUGUGUGCCUGUAGUCCCAGCUACUCAGGAGAGCUAGGUGGGAGGACUGCUUGAGCCUGAGAGGCACAGGUUGCAGUGAGCUGAGAUUGUGCCACUGCACUCCAGCCUAGGCAACAGAGUGAGACCGUAUCUCAAAAAAUAAUUGGCUAAAACCUUUGCUGUCUUUAUUAUUUAUUCCUUCUCUUCUUUUUUUUUCCAUGACAGCUGCUUCAGGACGAGAAAGUUCUUUUGGUCUCUCAGUUGGGGCGACUGUCAGCAUCAUGACUGGAGUACUGGCCAGAGUUACUCUCUUUAUUAUACCAAACUCCUAUCAGAGUUUUAACAAUAGUCAUUUUACAUGUUGGUCAUUCACAGAUAGUUGUUUUGAUUCUUCCUGAAAGCAUUUGCAAUCAGCUAUGGUCUAAAAUUGCUUCUAUUUGAAAAAAUUUAUGGAAAAGAUACUGACAAGCACUCUUGCAUACAAGUUUCUGAGCAGUUCAAGAUUAUACCACUGGAGUGUCUAUAGACUUCCAAAACUUUAACAAACAGGUUGAUGCCUUCAUGAAAUAUGCCAACCUAGACCAAGCAGACCAAAAAUAAUUUCAUUGAAAUAAAUGAUAAUGUGGAUGUUUUUAUAAUUUUUAUUUGAAAAUUUGCUGAUUCUUUAAAUGAUUUUUUUCCAGAUUUAUGAAAUUUUUCUUCUUUUAAGCUAUCUAUAUCUAAAGCAAUUUGGUAAAGUAUACUUUUGGAAACAAUAAUUGAAGCCCAUUUAUUUUUGCUCUUUACCUAACUGUCCCAGGAUUGGGAAACUAUUCAUGAGUAUUCAUAUGUUUAUGCUAAUACAGUUAUUUGCACAAAUUUGGUAAGAAUCUUCUCUCUAUAAUAGUUACUGAGAUGAAUGCCAAUGCUUUAAAUUGGCUCUUAAGCCAAUUAAUUUGUCCAUGCUUAUGCCUGCCUCUUUCACUUGACAGGAUGAUGAUAUCAUUAGAAUUUCACAUGAGGUAGCUUCUGAGAGUAGCAUAACAGAGUGACGGAUAUAUCAUGUCACCCUCAAAUUUUUACAUGACAUAUCAUUUAGUCCACCCAACGGCUGACAUUAGCAGCAUCUUUAACACAAUUGUUUGUUCAAAUGUACAGUGGUCCCUUUUAAAGUUACAUUUUCAGACUCACUUGUCCUCACUCCCUGUUUUAAUUUAAUGAGCCAUCGAAUGCUACAUAAUAAAAUUGUUCCCUACCAGCUGAACAGGGAGGAGCCUGUGCAGUUUCUGACACUGACUGUUGCACAUAAACAAAUAUAUCGAGUAUAAUAAUAACUCAAUCACAGAAGUUACCAAACAUACUACUUGGUUAAAAUUGCUAGACUCUUGUGGCUUAUUCUUUGUUCUAUUCUAUUUUAGUUGGUUUGCAUCUUGCCUAAAGUGCAUACUCCAAACUUUUGGUAUUAUCCUCCUAAUAGUCAUACUAGUAGCCUCUCUGCUGUGAUAAAUUCUACAGGUUUUUAAAUUCUACAUUUUGGUGUGGUGAAUUCUACAAAAGUUUUUAAAAAGUUUUGUGUGCAGCCAUCCACAAAUACCAAAGGGUCUCUCUGGCUGAAAUGAGAAAAACUCAAACAAAUGUGUGAUCAGGAAGACAUCAUAAACCUAUAAAUGAUGGAAGCCCAAUACGAUGGUUACUGAGAUGAAUGCCAAUGCUUUGAAUUUUGGUCACACUCUCACCUAAGUGAGAGCCUAGAGACUCCAAAAUAGAACCAGUCAUGCUAAAUGCUACAAUCUACAACUGAAAUUUUAAUGAAGCAAAGAGAUACCAGAACAGACCUUUGUUUUUUGUUGAAAACAGGAGAUUCCACUCCACCUGAGACAGGAUAAUUUGUUUCUUCUGCUUUAACUUUAACAGAAAAGCGACCUGAAGUACCCUAAUGUUAACCAACUUAUUUAAUUAUAUGGCUGUUUUUACUGGUUCCCACUUGACAAAACCCACUGUUUUGUUAUUGUAUACCCCAGGGAGGGCUGUCACUAUAUUUGUAGAGUAAGAGCUGCCUCAAAUAAUAAAUGAACAAUGAAAUCUAUAACUACAUUAGUUGUAGUUUUGUCUUUCGAUGCCUGCUCACACCCAGCAUUGGCCACCGGAGUUUCACAGGCUCAUCAUUCUCACACUGAUGCUCCUGCUUUUCUUUGUCUCUUACAAGGCCAUUUCUGUUUAAAAUGGGCCCACCCAGAUAAUCUAGAAUAACGCCCACAUCUUAAGAUUUUAAUUUUAUCACACCUCCACAGUGUUUUUACCAAGAAAAGUAAAUGCAUAGGUUCCGGAGCUAGGGUGUAAACAUUUUAGGAGUCCCUUAUUCUGCCAAUACAGUUAACUUUCAUAAAUGUCACCCACAACAAAAACUUGCUUUGACUUCCUUCUGUGUCUCACUUUUCUGUCUGUGCACAAACGUCAAGGUGAAACACACAAUCUCUACGAAGUAGCUGGAUGAGUCUAGACCACUCAUUUGAGCUCCCUCAGCCUCUUUUCUCAUCUUCAGCAGAAGGGUGAUCCUUUGUUCAUCAGAAAAUGAAAGUGGAAGGGUAAAUCAAAAUGUGUAAGAUAUUAGUCACAGAGCAAGGUGCCAGAUGAGCCCUUGGGUAAAUUUUUUUUUUUUUUUUUGAGAUGGAGUCUCACUCUGUCACCCAGGCUGGAGUGCAAUGCUGCGAUCUCAGCUCACUGCAACCUCCGCAUCCCAACUUCAAGUAAUUCUCCUGCCUUCAGCCUCCUGAGUAGCUGUGAUUACAGAUACUUCAGUACAAGGAAGUUCUCCUGGCCUUUCAGGUACAGCCACUGUCAGCAUCAUGAUUGAAGUACUGGCCAGUGUGGCUCUGAUCUAGCAGCCCUGGUGUAGUUUAUUUCAGGAAGACUGGCAGGUAUGAUGACCUUUCCUUUUGUCCAGUUUCCUGCAGGGCUGACUGCCAUGCUUGGGAGAGGGAAAGGACUUCUUUGCCGGUAUUUGGGACUGGAUCUCCUCCUCCUCCCACUAAACUCCUGCUUCUCAGCACUUAUUCCUGCAGGUCUGUUCUCCCCUGUUCUUCAUGCUCCCUGUACCCCACUGUCUCCCACAAAUGAUUAUCCUCAGCCUCUGCUCAUUUGUUUCCCAGAUUCAAUACCUUAUAAAACCCUCUUGAUCCUUUUUUUGAACAUCUCUCACUUGUGUCAUUCUCUCCAUUCCCACAACCUCAACAACUGCUAGAGGUACUGCUUGACUUAUCUCCAGUCUUUGAAAUCUUCCUUGUGUAUGACUGCCUUAUUACCUUCCUAAAUUCUAGUUAACUCACCUGUUCAAAAGUCUUCAGGGAUCUACUCUUGCCUAUUUGAUAAGUUCACAUUUCUUCUCUUUACUAAUUUUUAUUGCUUCCAUUCCCUCUGUUCCCUAGUAUAAUUCGUCCAUUCUCAUUAAAUCUGUCUUUCUACACAUCCCUUCCCCUCCAUCUGAUAUACACAUAGAAUGCUUAGUUCCAAUGAUCUGGUUAAAAACAGGGUGAUCUCCCAUCUACCAUCUGCGCUAUCGGCUUACCCAUACCCUUCAUCACAAGCAACUUCUGACCUCCUGGAGAACAAUGACUAAAGCAUUAACGUGUAAACCUGAGACUCAGAACACAACCUACAUGUGAUUGAGAACAUUUUCCUGAUAAACAACUCAUAUGUUCUUGAAGGAUACAGAAAUGAAGAACGCAAGGUUUCUACCCCAAGGAACAUAAAGCCUAAGAUAGAUGAUAAGACCCAAAAAUAAUUAUAAUACCAAAAUAGAAAAAGGUGAAUGUCACAAGAAAUCAGAGAAAUCUGAUGGAAAAUACAGCUACACACUGGAAUCACCGGAAAACUUUUUUUAAAUGGAUGCCCAAGCCCCACCCAUAGGAUCCAAUUUAAUGGUCUAAAGUGAGACUCAGGCAUUGGUUAUUUUUAAGUCUUCCCAGAUGCUACUAAUGUGUAACCAGGAUAAAGAACAGCUGUUCUAAUAGGUAAAACUUAGACCUAAAUUAACGGUUAUUAGCUGGGAGUAUUGGAAUUAUCUAGGGAAAUUUUUCAGCAUACAUAAGCCUAUACUUUCUUGGCCCUAUUCAUUAAUGGCCUCCACCAAGAACUCAGCAAUCCUGUUGAGAAACACAAGCUACAUGGAAAAGACACUUUAUUUGAUAUGUAAAAUUAUAUGAAAAGCAUUUUCAAAUCAUAAGUGGUAAAGGUUGCUAAACCUUCUCUAUGUUAUAUUUAUGGAUAUGUUACUGAUAUGAUUAUUCAAGAAAUUGUAUGAGAUUCCUAGAAAUUAAAUAUGUUAUCAGCCAUAAUGUCAUGUACCACAGAAGCAACAAACUUUUUAUGUGAGCUGUGUUAUCAUAAUGAAUUCUCAUCAGAGUUUUAACCAUAGUUAUUUAAAAUCUUUGUCAUUCACAGACGUUAUUUUUAGUCUCCUUCAAAGCAUUUCCAAUCAGCUAUAGUCCAAAAUUGCUUCCUUUUCAAGGAGAUUUGUGGAAAAGAUGCUGACAAGCACUCUUUAAUACAAGUUUCUGAUAACUUUCAGAUUAUACCACUGGACUGUCAAAGAACUUACAAACCUUUAACAAAGAGGCUGAUAUCUUCAUAAAAUUCUCAGCCUACCAAGCAGGAAAAACACUGAUUUCAUUGAAAUAAUUGAUCAUAAUGAGGAUAAUGUUUUUAAGAUUUUUAUUUGAAAAUUUGCUGAUUCUUCAAUGGUUUGUUUUCUAGAUUUAUGGAAUUUUUUUAAUCUAUCUAUAGCUUAUAGCAGUUCAAUAAACUAUACCUCUGGGAACUAUAAUUGAAGCACUUACUUUUGCUGUCUAGCUGACUGCCCCAGAAUUGGGCAACUAUUCAUGAGUAUUGAUAUGUUUAUGGUAAUACAGAUAUUUGCAUAAGUACAGUAACAAUCUGCUCUCUUUUUAACAGGACACAUUUGAAAUCAUUGGUUAUAUUACCAAGCCUAUGACUGGGAUGCUAUAUUUAAGAAUAUAGAUAGAAUGAAACAAUAUGAACUGCAGACAAAGUCUGAAGUCAGCCUUAGUUUGGCUUCCUAUUCUCAAGAGGUUUGUAAAAGUUUAAUCUGAGAUUCCUUAUAAAAACUUACAGCAAAAAAAUUUUAAAAGAGAGCCUACAUGGUCCAUUGCUACUCUUGCUGCACUUAUGUAAAGAAUCAGACCACGUUUGAAGAAACUCAACCUAUUUUGAAACAAACUUAUUCUACUGAAAUUAUCAUUGGUAAAACUAGAGAUGUCCAUAGAGAGAAAAAUUAUGUGGAAAGUAAAAACUGUAGUAUACCGGUUAUGGGAUGGCAGCUCUGUUCAUUGUUUCUGUGUUUUUAUUAUCCACCUGUAGACUGGAUAUUACCCUGAAUUCUACUAGUUCCUCCAAUUCCAUUUUCUCCCAUGGAAUCACUAAGAGCAAGACCCACUCUCUUCCAGAAGCCCUAUGAGUUGGAGGUGGACAACUCAAUGUAAAUUUCAUGGGAAAACCCUUGUACCUGAAGCGUGAGCCACUCAGAACUCACCAAAAUGUUGGACACCAUAACAACAGAUGCUCAAACUGUAAACCAGGACAACAAGUUGAUGACUUCACACCGUGGAAAGUUUUUCCCAAGAUGUCAGAAGAAGACUCCCCAUCAUGAUGAGGUUCUCACCCCUCUUAACUGUCCUUGUUCAUGCCUGCCUCUUUCAUUUGACAAGAUAAUGCAGUCAUUAGUCAUUAGAAUUUCACAUGUAGUAGCUUCUGAGGGUAACAACAAUGUGUCAUAUAUGUCAUCUCAACCUCAAACUUUUACAUAACAUCUCAGGGGAAAUGUGGCUCUCUCCAUCUUGCAUACAGGGCUCCCAAUAGAAAUGAAAACAGAGAUAUUGCCUGGGUGUUUGAAGAGAAGAUGAUUUCUAUAAAGAGUAGGAAAGCCAAAAUUAUAGUAGAGUCCCCUUUAAAUGCAUAUUGUGUGGAUGGCUCUCACAAUUUCCUAAGAGAUACAUUGUAAUACGUGAGAGUAAUACUGAUUCUAGCAGAAUAAAACAUGUACUACAUUUGCUAAUACUGUUAUCUUAAAAUAAUUUUCAAAGAAUGGGGUGGGCCCUCCCAUGUGUCCAGGCCAGGUCUCUGAACAGAAUCCUCCAUCUGCAGUAACAAUGCCUAAGAAGAUGACAUGGACUUGGUCCUGAUAUGCAGCCAUUCCUGUAUACCCUUCCCCUGCUGCAGGGCCGUACCAGCCCAGGGCCGAAAUCGUCAGCUGCAGAGCUGAGAGAGAACAUGGGAUACCCAGCAUCCCUUACCUUCUUCCAGUCCACUGCAGUGGCUACUGGCAUGACCCAUUUACCCCUGAGGACACUCAUCUGCUGACCCACAGUUUCUAAGAGUCAGAGUUUCCUGGCUUCUCUGAGCCCCAGCUGCUUUCACUCCUCUGAACUCUUCUUCUCUCCAGAGGUGUCAUUGCCUUAGCAGACACCUCUUUCAGCUUCAGCUAACAGGUAAGCCAAGACCCAGACCCCAGAGGAUAAACCAGGAUUUCAAAACCUACUGUGUCCAAUGGAGAUGCCCACUUGUGGGCGGCAAGCCACCCAGGUGCUGAGGCAAGAGACUCAGGGCAUGAGCUGUGCCAGUAUCAUAAAAUAUAAAAGAAGAAUAGUUAUGCCAGAUAUAGAUUUAGAUAUGAUUAUAUAUGAAUAUCAUUAAUAAUUAGUUGGUAGCAAUUACCCUUUAUUGCAAUAUUAUAAUAAUCAUCGCUCUAUAAUCAUAACCUAGGGAAAGCCAGGCCAUUCAGAGAUAGGAGCUGAGGAGACACAGUGAGAAGUGACCAGAAGACAAGAGUGCGAGCCUUCUGUUAUGCCCAGACAGUGCCACUAGAGGGCCCCUUGGCCUAGCGGUAACGCCAGCCUCUGGGAAGAUGCCCAUUUCCAAGCAGACCGUGGUCUAGUGGUAGCCUCCAUGUCAAGGAAACAUACCCGCUAGUUAGCAGAUGGGGAAAGGGAGUCUCACUUUCUCUGGGGGAGUUUAGAGAAGACUCUACUCCUCCACCUCUUGUGGAGGGCCUGACAUUAGUCAGGUCCACCCGCAGUUAUCCAGAGGCCUGACAGUCUCCCUGUGAUGCUGUGCUUCUGUGGUCACACUCCUAGUCCGCCUUCAUGUUCCAUCCUGUACACCUGGCUCUGCCAUUUAGUUAGCAGUAGCAAAUUAGUGAAAGUACUAAAAGUCUCUAAUAAGCAGAAAUAAUGGUGUAAGCUCUCUCUCUCUCUUUCUACUCUCUCUCUCUGCCUCGGCUGCCAGGCAGGGAAGGGCCCCCUGUCCAGAGGACAUGUGACUUACGUGACUUAACCUAUCAUUGGAGAAGGCUCACACUCUUUAUCCUGCCCCUUUGCCUUGUAUCCAAUAAAUAUCAGCGCAGCCUGGCAUUCGGGGCCACUACCGGUCUCCGUGUCUUGGUGUUAGUGGUCCCCUGGGCCCAGGUGUCUUUUCUUUUAUCUCUUUGUCUUGUGUCUUUGUUUCUACAAUCUCUCUUCUCCACACGUGGGGAUAAAAACCCACCGACCCUGUGGGGCUGGUCCCUACACCCACUGUACAGCGACAUAAAGAAGUUGAGAUGUAUACGACUCCCCAACAACAUUGUAUCCCAAAACAGUGUCUUCUCUGCUCCUCAUCAUGGAAUUCCCUGUGUCUCACCACGUGGGCAAGUGCUUCCAGGGUCUCACAAUUCUUCCACAAGAGGCAAUGCACACUUUCACAUAGCACUUCAGCAAAUAAAGUGGUGACAGUUUACCUACUUAAAGUUUCUUAGAAGGUUCUCCCAAAUUUCCCCCUGAAGAAGACAGAAAAGGCUUUCCCAAUGGUGAAACAUUGGCCUCCCCACCUUUCAAAAAAGUACCCCUGAAUAGCCAAAGCAAUCUUGCCAAAAUAAAUUGUGGACUUGAACUUUCUUAUUUGAAAUCUCACAUAUGAGUACAAUUAUUAAAACAGAAGAUGUUGGCAAAAGAAUGAACAUAAAGACAAAUGGGAUAGAAUUGAGAGUCUAGAAAUAAACCCUUACAAUUAUGGUCAAUUACUCUUUGAAGAGGGUGUCAAGACAAUUUAAUGGAGGAACAACUCUCCUUUCUAAUGACAGUGCAGAAACAACUAGACAACCACAUGCAAAACAGUGAAUUUAGAUAACUCUACCUCCCACCGUAUCAAACAAUUCUCUAGAAAAUGGAUCAGUGAGUUAAAUAUAAGACCUAUAACAAUCAAAACAUCUUAAAAUAGACAUAGAGGUAAAUGUUGAUGACCUCAAAUGUGCAAUGGGUUCGUAGAUAUGAUACAAAAGCAUGAGAAACAAGAAAAACAAGAUAAAUUGGGCUCUAUCAAGAUGUGAGCAUUUUGUACAUCAAAGGAAAUUAUCAAUAAAAUAAUUAAUAGACACAGAAUGAGAGAAAAUAUUUGCAAACCACAUAUAGGCAGUUUUCAUGUCCAGAUAAUAUAAAGAACUAGCUACAACUCAAUAACAAAAGGACAAACCAUCCAAUUUAUAAAUGGGCAAAAGACUCAAAUAGACAUUUCUUCAAAGAAGAUAUACAAGUAGUCAAGAAGGACAUGAAAAGAUACUCAACGUCAUCAGUCAUUAGGAAAACACAAAGUCAAAGCUGCAAUGAGACACCACAUCACACCUACAAAACUGGCUACCAUUCUUUUAAAAUAUUAAAUAACAAGUAGCAGCAUUAUGUGGAACUUGCAAUCCUCAUAUAUUGCUGGUGAGAAUAUAAAAAGGUACAGCCGCUAGGAGAAACAGUUUUGCUGUUCCUCAAAAAGCUAAUCAUAGAAUUCUCAUUUGAAACAACAUCCAUUCCUAGGUAUAUACCCAAAGAAUUAAAUCCAGGGACUCAAACAGGUACUUGCAUGGGAAUGUUGAUUGCAGCAUUAUUCACAAAAGAUAAAAUAUGAAAACAAUCCAAGUGCUCAUCAACACAUGAAUAAAGAAAUAUGGUGACACAUACAAUAGAAUGUUAAUCUGCCAUAAAGAGGAAUGAAGCUCUGACACCCACUGGAGCAUUCAUGGACUAUGGAAACAUUAUGCUAAGUGAAAUAUGUCAGAAACAAAAUAACAUAAUUGUAUAAUUCCAUUUAUAUGAAACAUCAAGAAUAGGCAAAUUCAUAGAGACAGAGUAGAAAUGAUCAAGGUCUAAGGUGGAACAUAAAGGGAGUUAUUGUUUAAAAGAUACAAAGUUUCAGUUGCAAAUGACAAAAGCUUCCUAGGAAAAACAGUGGUGAUGGUAAUUUAACACUGUGUAUGUGGUUAAUUUCACUUGAUUGUGCAUUUUAAAGUGGUUACAAUAGCACAUUAUUCACAGAACUGUGAAAAAUAGAUUUCUAUUAUUUAAUUCACCCAGGCUAAGGUGUUUGUUAUGGCAGCUGAAGCCCAUGAAUACAUCAUCCGACCCAGUGUUUCAAUGAAAGCCAUCAAUUUUUCAAUCAAGUUUCCUGGAAGCUUAUGUCCCCAGGAGAACCAGAGGCCCCAAAACAAGAGCUCCAGCAGGGGCUCAACCAGCACAGGUCCCAUAGGGCAGCCUCAAUGUCAGGCUCUGAUUGGCAUGUGAGGCUACAAUGAUACAACCACAACGUGAAAAUGUAAGUAUUUUCACACUUACAGACACUACGGAGCACUCAGCACACCUGGAGUCCACAGACACAGCGGUCAGUGAGCCCAGGCAGGGAGGAGAGAAGAGACCGAUAAGCCAAUGGCUUUAUUAAGUCCAGGGUGUUAUCUGACAGGUUUCCAGCAGGGAGCUUUAAUGGAUGUGUUGAAAGCAAGAAGCAAACACUGGGACCAGGAGCUCACGCUGUGACUGAGAAGUGGUCACUUUAAAUGUGAGGGCGAAUGUCAGAAUUAUCAGUUUAAAGUAAGCAGCUGGAGAGAGGGGAGCCCAGCACACCAAGCAGGAGAGAUGCCUCUAAGAUUUUAUCUCUGGCCACCAACUGGAGCCACUUGAACCAGAUACAGUAUUGAAAACUGCCAUGGUGACCAAGCCCUGACUCUGAUUUGAGGCAAAUAAACUUACACCUUAAAAAAUGAAUGCCAAGGCAACAUGACGCUAUGAGCAUCAUGACAUCCAGGGACACAAGCAGAGUGUGGUACUGUGCCCUGGAAUCAGAAUCCCGAGUUCUGGUCCCUGGGAGUGAGAAAAUGAAAAUGACUUGUCCCUGCUCCCCUGACACUGAUCUUCCCACCCUGCUGCUCCCUCUUCUGCUCCCAAGCCCAUGUGCAGUGCUCAGCGCCAGACAUCACUGCCCCCAGGGUAUACACAGUGCUGCCUAGUGCACACAAACACAAACUCACAGAAGGUGACAAAAAUCUGCGUUUGGGACAUCUGAUUGUGAAAGAGGGAGAACAGUGAACGUAGAGCCACAGAGACUGCGACUCACGGGGCUGGAAGGUGAUGGAGCUGUAACAUAACAUAUGUGUGACCUCGUGCGAAGUGUGCAGAACCACAUAGAAUAAAACAUGCAGCCUGGCCUGGGAUUGCUGCCGUUCACGCUUCCCUCCCUGUCCACCAGAGGGCGACAGAGUCCCUCCCGGCUUGGAGUCUUCCAAGGGGAAGCCAACCUCCCUCAGCGGAACCCACAGCCUACCAGGGUCCACCCUCACCAGGGUCACUUUGGCCCAAGUCCUCAGCGCCCUCCAUGCUCCCCACACGGACUCUGUCAGCUCCUCCCUGACCUGGCGGCCGCCAACCCGACACCACUCCCUCUGCAGGUAGCUCCUGCCCCACACACCUGCUCCUUCCCUGGGCCCAGCUAAAGGCAUCUCCCAGGGCAGCGCUGGUGCACGCGACGCCACACUGGGCGCUUUCCCCUCGUGACCUCCCUCCAUCUUCAUCAACUCUUUCUGUCACUGCUCCCUAAAUGCCCACCCCUGCUCCAUCUGUCCUGUUCUCUGGGGCAUCCCAGGCCAAGCCUAGGGCUGACACAGAACAGCGGCUGCUUGAGGGCCCACAGCCUCCCCGGGAAUCAGCCAGGCACCCUGUGACCUGCCUACCCACUGAACCCCGGGGGGCUCAGAACGCUUGUGAUGGUCACACACAGGCACCAUCCGGGAUGUGGCCACCUACCCUCAGCUGUCCCUUGGGAAGACAGACAUCUCCCGUGUGCUUACGGGGAGAAGGGGGGUGUUAUUGCUCUUUGCUCCCAGAACACAACUCACCCACACCCGCCCUCUCAGGUGUGAGCAACGUCCCUCCAGACAGGCUCUAUGUCCACUGCCUGUUCCUCCUCUACAGAGAGCAGCUUGGCCAUGUCAAAACCCUAAGGACAGACCCCUAGGUAUGUCAGCAAAUGGAGGGCUGAGCCCAUCAUGGCCACGGAGUAAGUCGGGAUGAAUCUCUGCAGCUGUGAAACCCUGCUCUGUCCCAAGCUCCUCCUCCUGAGUCUCAACGAGCCAUGUCCCGCCGGGUUCCUGCGUAACUCCCCGCUUCCUCCUGCACCACCACGGGGAGGGUGUGGUGACCACAGGACAAUCAGCUGGGCAGAGAAGAGAGGAUAUCAAAGAUGAUCAGGAAGAACAUGAGAAACCCUGAACUCCAGCUCAGCCGCCAGACACCAGGGAGCCAUAGGGUGACCAAGAACUUUCCCUUUGACUAUGGGACACACAGCCCCCACUGAGCCACCAGCACAGGCCUAUCCUCCCAAGAGGUAUGAGAGAUUCACCUUGCACACCUCCAGGAAGGACAGUUUCGUCUGGGACACCCAGGUCCUGAAAGUCCAUCCUUUGAAGCUGCAGCCAAACUAGACACGAUUAGAGAAAAGAAGGGUCCCUCUCAGCAGCCAACACACAGCUCACCCACAGCACAAUGGGGUGUCACUGUUACAGGGACGUGCUUCAGCUCCAGCCUCCUGCACUGAAGGGAAGAGCCAGAUGGUGAUGAAAGAGGGCAAAAGUUAUGAAUGUGCACCCCGACCCAGGGCCAUGGGGACAGCAGGAGGCUGAGGCCCAGGACUGUGCUUCCCCAAGCUGCAGGGUGUGUGUGUGACUGUGUGGGUCUGUGUGUGUGUCUUCUUUGUGUGUGUGUGUGUCUGUGUGUGUGUCUCCACAAAGUGCGCAUUGAGGUUUCGUGAAAGAAUCACUGCUGAAAAAGGCAGAGGCCUCCACAAUUCCCAGGGACCUGAAACACAGACAAAAGGAAAAGCAGAAGGAGGGACAAGGAGGCAGGACUGAGAGAGGAGGGGACAGAGAAGUGUCCUCGGUCUGACCCCGCCCAUGAGCUUGAGAAGUGCUCCUGCCCCGGGAACUGGCUCAGCGCAGAAGGAGGAAGGACAGCACCGCUGACAGCCGUGCUCAGGAAGCUUCUGGAUCCUAGGCUCAUCUCCACAGAGGAGAACACGCAGGCAGCAGAGACCAUGGGGCCCCUCUCAGCCCCUCCCUGCACACAGCACAUCACCUGGAAGGGGCUCCUGCUCACAGCAUCACUUUUAAACUUCUGGAACCCACCCACCACUGCCCAAGUCACGAUUGAAGCCCAGCCACCCAAAGUUUCCGAGGGGAAGGAUGUUCUUCUACUUGUCCACAAUUUGCCCCAGAAUCUUGCUGGCUACAUCUGGUACAAAGGGCAAACGAGGGACCUCAACCAUUACAUUACAUCAUAUGUUGCAGACAGUAAAAUAAUUAUACAUGGGCCUGCAUACAGUGGACGAGAAACAGUAUAUUCCAAUGCAUCCCUGCUGAUCCAGAAUGUCACCCGGGAGGACGCAGGAUCCUACACCUUACACAUCAUAAAGCGAGGUGAUGGGAUUAGAGGAAUAACUGGACAUUUCACCUUCACCUUAUACCUGGAGACUCCCAAGCCCUCCAUCUCCAGCAGCAACUUAAACCCCAGGGAGGCCAUGGACACUGUGAUCUUAACCUGUGAUCCUGAGACUCCGGACGCAAGCUACCUGUGGUGGAUGAAUGGUCAGAGCCUCCCUAUGACUCACAGGUUGCAGCUGUCUGAAACCAACAGGACCCUCUUUCUAUUCGGUGUCACAAAGGCUAUUGCAGGACCCUAUGAAUGUGAAAUACGGAACCCAGUGAGUGCCAGCCGAAGUGACCCAUUCACCCUGAAUCUCCUCCCGAAGCUGCCCAUGCCCUACAUCACCAUCAACAACUUAAACCCCAGGGAGAAUAAGGAUGUCUUAACCUUCACCUGUGAACCUAAGAGUGAGAACUACACCUACAUCUGGUGGCUAGAUGGUCAGAGUCUCCCGGUCAGUCCCAGGGUAAAGCGACCCAUUGAAAACAGGAUCCUCAUUCUACCAAGUGUCACGAGAAAUGAAACAGGACCUUAUCAAUGUGAAAUAUGGGACCAGUAUGGUGGCAUGCGCAGUGACCCAGUCACCCUGAAUGUCCUCUAUGGUCCGGACCUCCCCAGAAUUUACCCUUCAUUCACCUAUUACCGUUCAGGAGAAAACCUCGACUUGUCCUGCUUCGCGGACUCUAACCCACCGGCACAGUAUUCUUGGACAAUUAAUGGGAAGUUUCAGCUAUCAGGACAAAAUCUCUCUAUCCCCCACAUUACUACAAAGCAUAGCGGGCUCUAUGCUUGCUCUGUUCGUAACUCAGCCACUGGCAAGGAAAGCUCCAAAUCCUUGACCGUCGAAGUCUCUGCUCCUCCAGGAAUAGCAUGUCUUCCUGUCUUUACUCCAAUGCAGUAGCCGUGGUGUCAUUUCUGUAUUUCAGGAAGACUGGCAGACAGGUGCUUUGAUUCUUCCUCAAAGUAUUUACAAUCAGCUACAGUCCAAAAUUGCUUUUUCUUCAAGGAGAUUUAUGGAAAAGACUAUGACAAGGACUCUUGAAUACAAGCUCCUGAUAACUUAAAAAUCAUACCACUGGACUAAGAACUUUCAAAAUUUUAAUGAAUAGGCUGAUACCUUCGUGAAAUUCAAGACAAAGAAGAAAAAAACUCAAUUUUAUUGCACUAAAUAAUCAAAAGGAUAAUGUUUUCAUAAUUUUCUAUUUGAAAAUGUGCUGAUUCUUUGAAUGUUUUAUUCUCCAGAUUUAUGAACCUUUUUCCUUGAGCAAUUGGUUAAGUAUACUUUUGUAAACAAAAAAUUGAAACAUUUGCUUUUGCUCUCUAUCUGAGUGCCCCAGAAUUGGGAAACUAUUCAUGAGUAUUCAUAUGUUUUUGGUAAUAAAGUUAUUUGCACAAGUUCA